UCGACUGCUCAGACAUGGACGCAUCCGGCAUGAACGGCGCAACCGCACAGGCCUUCGAGGCCAUGAUGCAGCAGAAGCAGAUGAAGGACUUCAUGUCGCUGUACCAGAACCUCGUCGAGCGCUGCUUCACCAGCUGCUGCAACGACUUUACCUCCAAGGCCCUCUCGUCCAAGGAGGAGUUUUGCGUCAACACGUGCGCCGACAAGUUCCUCAAGCACUCGGAGCGCGUCGGCCUCCGUUUCAGUGAGCAGAACGCCGAGAUGAUGGCCCGCGCUCAGCAGCGCCGCUAGAUCUACGUCUCCCAUGCCCCCUCGCACCCGUCCGCCCUGUACACCCUCUCCCUCGCAUCCGCACCCCUCUCUCUCCCCUCGCCCGUCCUCCCCUGCACGACGCACACGGAACACUCCCAGUCUUCCUUGUAACCUGAUACCAAGUUGCUCUCGUG